AUGCCAGAUUUUGACAGUGAUCUUCUUACAAACUUUACAACUGUGAAGGAAGAUUUUACAACAGCAAGCUAUGAUGAAGAAGAGGUUGUUCUUUGCCAAAACACCAAUAUCAUGAGGUUUGGUGCUGUCACUGUUCCCUUCUUUUACUAUUCUGUAUUUAUACUGAGUUUAGUGGGUAACAGCCUGAUCUUGUUCCUUCUGCUUAAGUAUGAGAAGAUAAAGACUGUUACAAAUCUUUUCAUCUUCAAUCUGGUAAUAUCUGACCUGAUGUUUACAAUUUCGCUACCAUUCUGGGCUUUCUAUCACAAAUAUGAAUGGAUCUUUGGAGAUGGUCUGUGCAAAAUAUUAUCAUCAGUGUUUCAUACUGGCUUUUUCAGCCGUAUAUUAUUCUUGACCAUGAUAUCAGUGGACAGAUAUUUGGCAGUGGUUCAUGCUGUCUCUGCUGCAAGGACAAGAAGACUCCUGUAUGCUUAUGUGGCCAGUAUAGUGAUUUGGGCUAUAAGCCUCCUAUCUACAGUUCCUAAAUUUGUCCUGUAUGGAACAAGAAACCAUUAUGAUGCUGGAAUUGUGUGUGAAGAAACUGGAUACACGGCAGAGAAAAUGGACAAAUGGAAGCUAUUUGGUUAUUACCAACAGAUAAUUAUGUUUUUUAUUAUCCCACUGAUUGUGAUACUGUACUGCUACUCUUUAAUUGUGAUCAAGCUGGUUCAUACCAAGAUGUACAACAAGGACAAAGCUAUGAAAUUAAUACUUGUAAUUGUACUUGCAUUUUUUAUUUGCUGGACUCCAUAUAAUGUAGUAAUUUGUGUCAAGACAAUACACAUGUCUAAGAAAUCCCCAAACGUAGACUGCGAUAAUAACACUGAUUAUGCAUUCUACAUUUGUCGCAACAUUGCUUAUUUUCAUUGCUGCAUUAAUCCAUUUCUUUAUACUUUUGUUGGAACAAAAUUUCGCAGACAUUUAUCAACAAUGCUUCGAAAACAAUGUACUUUUCGGUCCAAAUAUAGAAACUCAAGUUUAAGCAGUAAAGCUAGUGAAUAUUCUCCUCAGACAAUUUAUGAGUAAAUGUAAAUUCUGUUUAACAUGCUAUUCCUGGAUUACAAUUUCAAAGAAGCCAGGGUCCUCACAAUAAAUUUACUAUAUGAAACUCGCCACACCAGCCUUUUAGAUAAAGUAAUUUUGUCUGUUGUAUGUUACAUUUUAAAGAAAUAUAAAGCUAUUUGUUGCUUGCUAUUUGUUUAAUUACAUAUACAUCUGAGGAAGCUGUACACUGUGCAAUGUGGAGGAUUGUUUUUAAAUGCCAGUAAUGAUGUACUGCUUUACUUUACUCAGCAUUUUUGUAGCAAUAAUUUUGCUUAUU